AUGGCGAGACGAAUUGUGUGCACUAGGACACUUCGAUCGAAAAUUCUUUUCGAUGGAGGACCGUAUAAUACCAUUCGAUCUUUUGUGAAAAGAAACAGUAGUCACGAUAGCGUCGCUAGUGUCACUGCAGCGACGGAUCCGUUCAAAGCGGCAAACAACGAUGAGAUCGCCGGUUCAUCGCCACACACUCAAACCACGCACUCGGGUUUUAGUUUUGACGAUGCUGAGAGUGCCUACCAGUCGAAAACAAGUUGGGAAAUUGUCCGAGCUUUGGCAAUUUUCAGGCUGUGCUCCUACGAUUUUCUUGUCAACAAGAACAAAGAGGUAUGACAGUCCUUCAUUUUAUAUGCUGAAGAUAAUCCAUCCGGUCGACAUUUUACUCUAUUUUUAAACUAAGCUAAUAUUUAAAAUCUGACGGAGCGGGUGUAUGGUAUUGUAAUAUGCAAAUCCUUUUAUUUUACUAAAUCCCUUCUCAUAAACGAUAUUUUCUUGCGUUACAAAUGCCCUGUCAAAAGUUUUGCUUUCUUUUUGUUAGCUUUUAUAAACUUUUGAGUAUGAGUAUUAAUUUUGUUUACCUGUUACGUAAGAGAUAUUAUGCCAUGUUGUUUCAUAGUUAUAUUCACGUUACUUGGUUGUUAUCUUGUCAGAUUUCAGGCUCUAAAAACACUUUUUUUAAUUCAAGACCUAAGUAAAGCCGGUUCGCUUGUUGUCGGUUUUCAAACCUCUUCAAGGAUCACAGGCAGCCCAAGCAGGAAGUACAGUGGCUUGUCUUGACAGAGCUUCUAUUCGCUGUAAACUUUCUAAACGUCCCUUACUUUUAUUUUUUCCUGGUUGGUUAUGCCAUAUUUAACCCAUUUGCCUCUAAACUGCACUGCCUGUGCGGAUCCAGGUCCAACUUUUAGCUUGUGCAGGGCCGGGAUGCGGGGGGAAGAGAUCUUUCAAACUGUACGAGAAUGAGUGUGGUUCAGUCAAUGAGGCCCGAAGAAAAUGCAAAAAAGCUAGCUUUGUUCUCUUUUUCUUAUUGAAGCUCACCUCGCUCGCUUUUAAGAACUCACGGGAGGUCAUCUUGAAGCAAGUCUAUGUAUACUGUGAAAACAUUUAACUCUUUGGCCCUGAUCUGCCCAGCGCGUGUGGAUCCAGGUCCAACUUUAUUGUCCAUCAUGUGAAGGGAAAAGAGAUCUUUCAAACCAGACAAGAAUAAGCACAAUUCACUCAAGGAGGCCAGAGAAAAAAGCAAAAAGCCAUGUAAUGUUGACCCUAAAAUUUCCAUGAAAAUCUUGUUUCACUACCCAUUAACCUUUUUCUUUCAUUUAAUCCUAAGAUGCAAGAAAAGCUCUCCCAAAAACUUUUCCCACCAAAAUGAAGCCUAGCAACAUAAAUGCCCAGCAAUAUUUAAAGGAGGCAAGAAAAGCGAAAGAAGAGGAGAGAAGAGACGGCAAAAAGUGAAAGUCAAGACUGGUGUGUCACUUUAAAACCCAAAAACUAUCUAGAAAUUUGCCUGAACCUCCACAGCUGAUAUUUUGCAUGUGGAACAGAAGGCUGCACAGUGCUUGACUUGUAAAUGGCAUUUUAAUAGGCCAUUUGCACAAUGGCGUCAUUUUACUACUACGACCAGAAUCCUCUUCGUUUUUCCUUUCAUAUUCAAAUUUGGCAGCCUCAGCGAGGUUUAAAUAACAAAAGGUCUAAUUUACACAAGAAAGGAAUCCCCUGAAGGAUUUUGGUCGUAAUAGUAAAAUGAUGUCAUCAUGCAAAAUUUAUUAAUGAUCUAUUGAGCAGUUUUGGCUCAUCAUAGCUGGACAGUUUGUAAACAUUAAUUAAAACCGGAAAAAAAUAGAACUUUAUUCUUAUAAUGAAGUAAUAAUUCUUGUAGCUUGUUUGAACCAUUAUGCAAUGAUUAUUUGAAAGGAAUUGGAAAUUUCAUCUUCAUGUUUUUUUUAAAUAUUUUUUAGCUUUUGAACCUGGGGCAAAAGGUUCUUGGCAAACAAUUAUUUAGAAGAUUGAUGAAAGCUUCCUUUUAUGGACACUUUGUGGCGGGUGAAGACCAGGAAGCAAUUAAACCUGUCAUAAAAAAUUUGGAAAAGUUUGGAGUUGGUGCAAUUUUGGAUUACUCUGUCGAAGAGGACCUGUCUGAAAAUGAGACGAAGAGCCACGUGGAUGCUAACAGCUGUGAGACUUUAGAUCCAUCUGAUGAACAUGCCCGUUAUAAGCCUCAUGCUGAGUUUGCAGAUAGGAGGAAAGGAGUUUAUAGUGCCAGGACAUACUUUUAUGAAGGAGAAGCAGAGUGUGACAAGAGAGUGGAAACAUUUUUGAAAUGUAUUGAUGCAGCAGGUUUGUAUUUUAAUUGUGGCUUAUAAUGAGGCAUUUUCACUGGGGUCAGCUUUUUAUCACCUUACUAGUACAGAAAACUCUUAUGAACCACCUUUUAGUGUUCACAAUUAGGUGGGGACUCCCCACCCCUGUUUUUUUCCUGUUGCCACUGUUUUGAUUAUUGUCAAACUAGUGUAAUAACCACAUGAUAAUAAAAACAAGAUUUAAAUCAGGGAUAGGACCUCUAUCAUCUUUAUGCAUUUGCAACAGUUGUGGAAAUUAUGUUGCAAAUUAUGCUGAAAGAGGUGCUUUCCAAUUUUGGAUUCGGCACAAAAUCUACACUAGUUGUUGUUGUGGGAGAAGCCAACAUUGAACAUUCAGCUCAAACAUAUAAUGCUGAGCUUGCUCUUUCGUUUUAACUUUAUUUUUGCUAUCUUUAUUAUUAUAUUAUUUAUUUAUGUAAUAUAAAUUUAUUACUGACCCAUACUUUAUACAUUUUUAAACAAUUUUUAAUUUUAAUUUAUUAAUUUUGUAUUUUUUUGUGCCUUUCCGUGGCAUGUGCUGUUUGCUAAGAAGUUUAAAAUUAUUAUUGUAAAGAUGAGUUAUAACAUCACGUACAAUUUCAUCAUUGUUAUUUCACUUCACUGUGACAGUAACUCACUGUAUUACACUGUACUUGCAACUGAAGAUGAUCGUAGAUCAACCAAAACACCUUGCUUUAAAUUCAAAGUUGUGAUUCAUUUUUUAACAAUACAUUUAAAGUCAUGUAAAUCCUAAUUAACUGCCUUUGUUGAUAACAAUAGGUGAAGCAUCCAGUGAUGGUUUUGCGGCAAUCAAGGUGACAGCACUUGGAAGACCACAGAUACUGGUAUGUUUGAAACAAUUAUUAACAACGACAUGGUAUUGCGAGGGGAUAAGAAGGGGGGGUGUAUCUGGAGUAAAAAGCGGGAGGGGUGAUUGGGUAUUUAUUAGACUUUGGAAAGUGUAUCCUGGAUUUACACUGUAUAAGGAAGUGUAAGUGUAGGGACAAGUGUAUCCAGGAUAAGAAAGGAGGAAGGGGGAGCACAGUGUAUUCAAGGUAAGAAGGGGCACUUGUAUAUGGGGCAAUAAAGAAGGGGGAAGUGUAUGGGUUAAGACAUGGGGAACUGUCUUUCAGCUAAGACAAGGGGGAAAGUAUUUCCAGAGUUAAGAUGGGGAAGUGUAUAAGGGGCCACGAUGGGGGAAGACAUUGUAUUUGGGAUAAGAAGGGGGAAGUGUUUCUAGGGUACAAAGAGGGAAAGGGUAUCUAGGGUAAUGGAGAAGUGUGUCUGGCUAAUACUCUCCCAUCUUGGUUGCUCAAUGCACUGAAAUAGUCCAAAUUAAAUUGUCCCAAGAGAAGUCCUAUAUGGACUACAUACACAGAAGAAAGGGGCAACCUAGUCCCUCACAUGCCUACUUCAGUGUUAAAGGUGCUUUUUCUGAUCUGAUCUACUGCUGCCUAAUAAAUUUAUGUCCCUCUACUAAAUUAUCUGGUGUCCAGAUGAGGCCUUGAGUAAUUUAUUUUUAGCAAUUUUAUAAAAACCUCUCAUAUGACUAAUUUUAUCAUGAUUGUAUUAAGGUCAAACUUUUUCUUUAACUUGAAACAGAUGAGGAUUUCUGAAAUACUGAAUCAGACUCAGUAUUUCUUUGACUGCUUGGCCUCAGAUUCUGUAAAGAUGAAUAAAAUAGGAAACAUUGUUGCCAGAGACAAGUUCUUUGAAGGCUUAGAAAAGCUUGGGGUAAGAAUACAUGUAGAAGAGUCAGGACUUUACCAGGUUUUUCCCUGUGGGAAUCAACUAUAAAGCAAGUAAAAUGUGCUUGUAGCAGAUUUUAACUUCUUUUUAAACCUGAAGGUAAUUUUAUGAUAAGUGGAAAAUGCUGUUUUAUUUUUUUAUUUUUUCAAACAUAAAGUAGUAUGGUAAUGAUUUUGAUAUUCACAACUCAAAUGUUUAAGACACCAAAUUAAUAAAUUUUAUGAUCUUCAAUUUUUCUAGUCAAACCCGUCUAAAAAAUACAUCUACAGUCAUAUGCUUAAUAUUAAUUUUAUUCCAGAUUGCAAAAGUAAAAUCAAGUAAUUAUUAUCGUCCGUUCAUUUUCAUUAGCUAAAGGAAAUAUGAAAAAAAGUGCAGAAAAGGUAAUCACUGCUAAAAAGGAAAACAUGGCUAUUUGUGGGAACAUUGAACUUUGUUUUUUUUCCUUCAUACCCUGUCAGCAGAGGUUUCUCUCUUGCAUGGCCUUUAGCACUUACAAAGUCAUUUGCGUCGCUUGUCGGUGUAGUUGGUUUGUUUUAUACUGAUGAUUUUUUUUGUAGCUGUAAUUGACUGUAAGUUUGUUGCAACAGGUUGAGAUGAGCCCAGAUGAAGCCGACAGAAUAUUUGACUUGAUUGACACAAACAAAUCUGGGUAAAUUUAAUUUUUGAAUUUUCUUUUGCAAUAAUUAUCAAUUUAUUAUUUAACAGCAUUUAUAAAAUUUCUUGAUAUCUUAAGGGUCACAAAAUAAUGUAGUAUCAUAUGAUACAAGGCUCGAUCUAGUCUAGUCAACUCUCGCCUAUAAUAUUGCAGACACCUCACUUUAACAGACAGCCCAAUAAUAUGGACAGCAGCUAAACCAGUAGGCUUGAUUACCAGCCGCUGUUCUGGGAAUGAGCCCACACUCCUCUCCAGAACAGACAGCUGGACGCAUGAGUUUGCUAUUGUCAGUUACCACCAAUCAGAUUGAUGACUGCUCAAAUUGAGCAGGCGGCAAAAAAUUCAUUUUCCUGAAGCAGAUUUCAAACGGCGGAUGCUAAGGUGUUGUUCUAAGUGACGUGUGUUGGCAGCUAAUGUGAAAGAGACAACCAUCAAGUCCAUCAGUAAAUUUAUGCAAGAUCAAUGUAUUUAAAUACAAUCAGUACGUGUUUCUGCUGAUUUUUAUGUCAAAUACUAAAGCGACGACGAGGCAAAGCAUAACAUGUGUUGGGUAUUUAACAUUUGACUUAAUUUUCCCAUUUAAAUUUUGAAUUUACGUCACAGACCCAAUAGGCCACUCACGCGUCGAGCCAUCUCUUCUUUUGACUUGAGGAGGAUGGAGAGAGCAGGCGAAAUGAAGCCUACUAAACCCACUGUGAAAAUGAAACAAAUAACUACAAACGUUUGUCGGACUUAAGUCUCACUGUUAUCUCUCUCUUAUGAAGACAUAUGGCCUGCUACAGUGUCAACAAUAAGGGCUGAGUUUCACUGCACUGUUAAAAUAAAGAACUAUGCGGCGGGUCAUAUGUUAAAAAUGAUACUUAAGGACUCUACUCUCUUUUUGUUUUUCAGAGAUAUUGAUGUCAUAGAGUGGCAUGAAUUUCUUACACCUCAGCUGAAACUAUCGCAGCUGUUCAAGGCCAAGCCACAAGGAGAUGUGAGUUACAGGCUUCUCAGCUAACCCCGCUCUACAAUGUAUUUUCAAAAAUUCAUUUUCAUUUGCAGGUCAGUCAUGUUUUACACAUUAACCUUUCUGAUUUUACUUAGGAAGAGACAGGAAGACCAAUCAUAUCAGUUCUAGAGGAUGAGGAGCUACACCAAAUGAAUAACAUGUCAGAGAGGCUGACAACUCUUGCUGAGGUAUGCAUUAAGCUAUCAUAUAUAAUUUUUAAAGUGGUAUGGGAAAAACUGCUGAGAUUUGAAGGCAACUUAUUGUUGCAAUUUACAGAAGCCAAGCAAAAUCCCCAGUCCCCUUUUCCUGGGAUAUGAUCUCAACUCCAACAUGAAAUGUUUGACCCCUAGAAAAGGUGCACAUAUAAGUAAUUCCAAAUUAGUCUCCCCAGCUAAGAAGAUUCUGUAGUAUGGAUUACAUUAACAUAAGUUAAGUGGUAACUGUCAGACUCAUAAAAUAACUUUCUUGAAACAUUAUGACUUCUUUUAGCGUGUAACAGUGCAAUCAUCACACAAAGAUUUCUUUUCAUUUUACUCUAUGUUUAUGAUUUCUAUUCUAUUGUUAGACUGGUUUUAUUGCAAUUUAGUUCUUAACAAUUUUGAAGAAUGACAGGUUUAUUUACUAGUGGCAUGAGCAUUGUCAGUUUCCCUCUUUAUUAAGAUAUUAUUUGAAUAAUUAUUUCCACCACAUUUUUAUUAAACAGCUUCAUGUAUAAAUAUCCCCUCCAAAAAGGAAUGAGAGGGCCAGGGGAUGUUUUUUUGUAUGAUUUCAAUUGUUAAACUGGUAUUUCUCUGAAUGAUAGUCAUCAUCAUUAUCACUAUCAUUAUUUUUUAAUACCACAUACCAUGUCAAUUUUGGAGUUUUGUCUUGUCAUCAUUAAAGCAUGCUGUGAAGAGGGGAGUGAGACUUAUGGUGGAUGCUGAACAGACAUAUUUUCAACCUGCUAUAAGACAUCUCACCCUGGAAUUGAUGAGGCACUUCAACAAGGACUCGCCACUUGUCUUAAAUACAUAUCAGUGCUACCUUAAGGUAACCGGCAACUUACACCUUCAUCACAUGUGCAUACAUGGUUAGAAUAAGCCUCUCUACUUAAAAUAAUAUCCCAUGCAACAAUAAUGUUAAUCAGAUGUCAUUAUUCUUCUUUAUUUUUGUCUUAAUCUCUGCUGUUCGUUUCAGUUUUAUUCUCUGUCUAAUGUUGGAAAAAAACUGAACUAACCAUGGAAAAACAACCACAAAAUCAUUUAUACAAGAUUAAUGAAGUAAUAAUAAGUGAAAUCCUGUGAAUCUUAGACCCUGUUUAUAUGUAGUAAAGAUGUCCUAGGUAGAACGGUCACUCGCCUCCCUGAGCCAACAUUUCCCUACAAAACCUUGUGAACCAUUUACAUGAGAAUAAAAAAGUUGGCUUGGUCACCCUUUUGUUGGUAGGCAGGGUCACCUUCCUAGCUGAGCCAGCUUUCUCCAUAAUUAUAAACACUUUGGGUCACCCAGCUGGGUCAACUUGGUCAAAGCAUUAGACAGUAAGAGGAUGCACGUGCACAUGCCCUGUUGGCUCAAGCAAAGGGGUCAACUUUUUUCUCGUAUAAACCCCGGUUAAGUUGACUCAACCGGGAGAGUGACCGGCCUUCUACCCAUGGCAGGUUUUCUCCAUAUAAACGGCACCUCAGUUUGCAGAACUGUCAUUAACGAUAACCCACUCUCCAUGAUUGCUCCUGUUUGUUCUAGGACACCUACUCUAAAAUUCAGACAGACAUGGAGCUGGCACGUCGAGAGGGUUACAUGUUCGGAGCAAAGCUGGUCCGAGGUGCUUACAUGGAACAAGAAAGAUUGAGAGCAAGUUCACUAGGUUAUGAAGACCCUAUCCAUCCAAGCUACAAGGCAACUAGUAAAUGCUUUGAUGAAGUUAUGAAUGCAGUAUUGGAGGAGACCAAGAGAGGAAAUGCUAAUGUUUUGAUUGCAACCCACAAUGAGAAUUCCAUUCAGGUUGCUGUUAAGAGGUAUGUUGUAAUGAUCAACAUCAUCCUAUACAAACGCUUUGGCUGGGUAAAUCGGUCAACAACUAGUUUUUUGAUAAUUUUUCAUCAUCAAUUUUUUUUUUGUUACAAGCAGCUCUGGGGAGGGUAAGGCUACACUAGGCUAAACUAGUUGGAUAGAGUAUCAAGUGAAAACUGAUGACAAAGUGACUAUGAAUGACCUUAAACUAUCUUCACUUCACUGCCCUUGUACAUGCAAACAUCUACAGUAUCAUACUUUUUGUCAUGGCAUUUGUCAGCAUACAUAAAUGUUAACUUGAAAAAGUACAUUUGUGUACCUCCCUAAAAACUAUCACACCCUCCCAGUCACCAUGCAGUACAAGUGCUGAUUGAUUUUUUAUUGUUGUUUGACAUUAUACUGUAUUUUAUUUUUAGGAUGCAUGAGUUAGGAAUUUUACCAAAAGAAAAAAAAGUUUUCUUUGGGCAGCUUUUUGGAAUGUCUGACCCAAUUUCAUUUACACUUGGUGAGUUAAACAGUGUUUCUGAACCGUAACUUCAUUGUCCUCUUAUAAAUCUAUGCCUGUCGUAAGAAAAUUAACAAUCCUGGCAUAGCUGCCUCAAACAAUUUACUUGAAGAGCUAUUUUAUUUCCAGUGUGUUCUGAAAAUCAACAAAGGUUGUUUCUAAAGACUAAAGUGUAGUAUUUGAUAAAACUUUAGAAAUCAUGUCUGAUUGCAGAAUGUGAUCAAGGAUGAUGAGAUAAUCAUCAUUGCAGUUUUGCAUGCAAUUUAAAAUACUAAGAGGUUCAAAUGCCAGUACAUUUAUCCACAUCACUCUCUCCCCCAACCUCUUUCCUUCCUCUGCAUGUUACAGUGUACUUCCUAUUGUCAUUGAGAGUACUACCUUUAACAUGAAAAUGAAAUAACAAAAUGGUUAUAACAUUAUCGCAGAUAUUAAUUUUUAUAUGAAUAAUUUCCUUAAACUUCACAGGUAAUGAGGGAUAUGCGGUGUACAAGUAUGUUCCAUUUGGGCCAGUGGAGGAUGUCCUGCCAUACUUGACCCGGAGAGCCAUGGAAAACAAGGGCCUUCUUAAGGGAGUUCUGAAAGAGAGGAGACUUUUGUGGGAUGAACUCAAAAGGAGGAUUCGUGAUGGACAGCUAAUGCAUGACCCUGCACUAGCCCAAGUUGGUUCAUCCUCAAGAAUGUAGGACAUAGUUUGUGAACAUAGCACAAUGGAAACUCUUAAAGUUCUGAGAGAAAUUGCAUGUUUGUUUGCUGGAUAAAUUCCCUUUACUCAUAACUUAAAAUCAAACAUUAACAAGCAAUAGCUGACAUUUCUCCCAUCGAGAAUGAUUAAUUUUGCAACUGUACUUGCCUAAAUUUCAUUGGAUAAAAACUUUUUUUCUGGAAUAGAUGCCUGUUUUUAUUUGUUUUUGCUUUUUCCUACUUGUUUGCAAACUGCAAGGUGUUGGAGUUUUAAUGCGAAUUAAUUGGCACUUGUUAAAAUUAGAUUUUUUGUUGGUUAAAGAAACACACUGAAAGAUCAGGGAGUGACAGACAAAAAUUCCCUGUCAAUAGUACAGAAAAUAAUUGUAGUCUACCAAACAGUUUAACAAAUCUACCAAGUUUAUUUGAUGACUGAGAUAUUAAUGCAUUUUAUGAGGAAAUUAAACAUUAUUAGCAAUUUAUUCAUUAAUUGUUUAUUUAUUUGUAUAUUUUUAGCUGUGUGAAAUUAACAAUAUUUUUGUGAUUUCUUUGAAUUAACUGCAUGAAGUCAGUCUGAAAAUUCCUUGUAAUAUGGGGUUUACCUACCCUUUUAUUAUAUAAACUGAUUAUAGGGAUACCUGUUAAACUGUUCUGUUUUAGUAAAAUCCAACUAGUGGUCUAUUAUCAAUGCUGCAUUCUGAUUGGUUGAGCUACUACUAUUCUGUUUAUUAUAGCCCACUAGUAGCAAAAAGCGCUGGCUUUUGGGGGGCAAAAAAGGAUUAAGUCUAGCUCUGACUAGCGAAAGUUGUUUUGUCUCGAUAUUUUUGACCAACUAGUUGGAUUUUACUAAAACAACUCGGCAGCCAUGAGGGCCCCAGGAAUAAUAUUGUUAAAUAGUUGAUGUGUUUACUUAGUGUGAUUGUGCAAAUAAUAAUGGACUGUGACAAUGACUUAGAAAAUUACACAUCUUAGGUUUGGUUGACUGUAGAAUUUUUAAAAUAGUUGUACCAUUUUGCAGUGGGUUUACUUGAGGCAAAAUUUAUUAGUAAAGCCAGUAUUGUGAUAAAAUUAUAUUAUUAUUUGCAAGGGAAAGACAAAAACAAAAAAAUAAUUAUAGAUUGACGUUAUAGCAAUGAUUUCUGCUUCAAGUAUAUUUUACUUUGGUGAUAGGACCCUGCACUCUUCAUCAAGAGUUAUUUAGAUGGCAAAAACAUAUUGCUAUUGUGUUUUUUACUAUUCUUUCAAUUAUUGUUUUGCCAAAGGAAAUGCAACAUUGAAAGAACUUUUUUUAGGAUAACUAUUUUGUUAAUGGAAAGUGUACAGAGAGUUUUCCCAAAACAUAAGCUAUUGAAUUUCUUCAGAGUCGCAGAAUUUUAUUUGUUUGUAUUUUUUAUUAAUAAUAAUAUUAUAGCAUGUCAAAUAUCUGUUUAUGGGAAAGUGUAAGGGGGUUUUCUCAAUGGCACAUGUAUGAACUAGCUUGCAUGUACACUUAAAUAAGCUGUUAAAUUACUUCAGGGUGGUAUACAUGUAUUUUGUAUUGACACAAUAAACUGUAUUAAAAAUAUUAUAGCACGUCAAAUAUUUGUCAAGGGAAAAGCAUACAAACAGUUCUGUCAAAAGUAUGGGCUAGCUUGUUCCUGAACCAUAAGCUGUUGAAUUUCUUUAGGGUGGCAUAAAUGUAACAAGAAUAAGGGAGUGUCAAUAUUGUCUAUGAACUAUGUAGAUUGCACUUAUAACAUAGCUGACAAAUUUCUUUGGGGUGGCUUGUUCAAUUAUAUUAAUGCUUUAUUAUAUAGCUGCUAAACAGGCAAGAUUUUCUUUUAACGACCCAGCAUCAGCUAGAUGUCCAAGGCAUAUACAUUCUGUGUUUAACUUGAUAGUGGAUAUCUUAUGGACAUCCAUGUUAUGUUCAAUUGACAGCUGUCAAAAAGGUAUCCACUGACUAGUGUCACAUGACUGUAUCACAGGCUCAAGUGUACAACUCACUGAGGUGAUGUUUUUUUUUUUACCAGUCACUGGUUUUAAUUUAUUGCAGGCUAGGCUCAAGUCCAUAACUUCUCAGUCAAAGAAAAGGCCAUUAUAAUAAAAUUAACACCUGAUUAACCUCGUCUGUUUAGCUUCACAGGGAAAUAUCAGAUCUUGGCCUUUAUGUAUUGACCUCGCUGUCGCUCAGUCAAUACAUCAAGGCCUUGGUCUGAGAUUUCCCUCUAAUGACCUCACUCUUGGUUAAUAAGUGGUAUUUAUUAGGAAUUAUACCACAGCCCUGGUUGAUGAAAAGCAGAAAAGUGCCAUCCACCAUGAAUGAUAGAGCACUAUCCAGUGGGUCAGUGUCAAAGGAACCAAAAGUGAAAAAUGUUUUUCAUUAUUUGUGCUACUCAGUGGAUAGCAAUUUCCCAACUGAUAGCAUUUUUCACCUUUCAAAAAACUUGGGCCUGUAGAUUGGGAACAACUUGUGAAUUAAAGUUGAUUGGGAUUAUUCCAUAAAAUUGUUAUUUGCACACUAACAUAUUGUUACUUUUGUAUUAAAUUUUUGCUGUGAUAACAUUGUAAGCGUAUUUGGUUUGUUAACUACACUAAUAACAAGUGAUGCAAACGACUUUGUAAACGCUAAAAGCCAUGCAAGAGAGAAAUAAAUGCUUGUAGGGUAUCUCCACACAGUUGUGGUUUAUGUGUUCUUGGAGCACAAGGAUUAGCUGUGCGCAACAUGCGUACUUUGCAUAUAUCCACUGAUUUUUUAGUUUUAUCACACUUUUGGUAGGAGCGCGAUAACACUGCUGUGCCUUUUGAAUGUUGGUUUAUGAGUCAAUCACUUUUUGUAAAUGUGACCGUAGUUUAUCACAAGAUAGCAUAAGAAAAGUUCAUUAUUUUUAAGGCUUCUUUAUUUGGCAACAGAUCACAGGAAUAUUUUUUGCUCUUCUUGGAGCUGAGGGAUAAGCAAAAAAGUCUUACGAAGAAAUUUGUAUCGCUUGCUCAAAAUCUGUGUUUUACAAAAUCUUUUCCCCAAUAAUUGGGGAAAAGAUUUUGUAAAACACAGAUUUUGAGCAAGCGAUACAAAUUUCUUCGCAAGACUUUUUUGCUUAUCCCUCAGCUCCAAGAAGAGCAAAAAAUAUUCCUGUGAUCUGUUGCCAAAUAAAGAAGCCUUAAAAAUAAUGAACUUUUCUUAUGCUAUCUUGUGAUAAACUACGGUCACAUUUACAAAAAGUGAUUGACUCAUAAACCAACAUUCAAAAGGCACAGCAGUGUUAUCGCGCUCCUACCAAAAGUGUGAUAAAACUAAAAAAUCAGUGGAUAUAUGCAAAGUACACAUGUUGCGCACAGCUAAUCCUUGUGCUCCAAGAACACAUAAACCACAACUGUGUGGAGAUACCCUACAAGCAUUUAUUUCUCUCUUGCAUGGCUUUUAGCGUUUACAAAGUCGUUUGCAUCACUUGUUAUUAGUGUAGUUAACAAACCAAAUACGCUUACAAUGUUAUCACAGCAAAAAUUGCCCGAUACUGUCAACAGUUCUGCAAAUCUGUCAGCAUGAAGAUGUUUGGCCAAUCAGAGCACGAAACCAAAUCUUGUAUCAUGGAAUGGCACCAUCAAGAGCAUGUGUCCAGGCUUUGCCACCCUUUCCCCCUCCCCAGCUCCAUAUUCAAAUAACACUUCAUCAUUCUUCAAGAACUCAUUAUGAACACUUUCACUUCUAGUCUGCCU